AACUAAAGUGUAAUAUUCACGUGUUUCUUCAUCACUUUUUAGAAAAAGCAAAUGAAUUAUUAAGAAUCAUAUAAAAUGUUAAAAUUUACAUCGAAUAAAUUAGUAAAUAUUAAAGUUACGUCUACAACUAACUUAUGUGUAUAAAAAUCCAUUUUUAUAAAUAGAGCUAUGUUUAUUUAUCUUAUAAUUAGCCAAAAAUAAUAAAAAAGUCAAUUCGUGGUGCGGACGGCAUGGCGGAUAUGGCAAGGUUAGUAUUUACAUUUAGCAUAUCUCGUUUCUGCAGUGAGCGUACCUUACAUCAGUCAGUAUUAGUUAGUAUUGCGACUGGUUACGUCAACAUAUGAACGCCGCGCGAUGUCGAACGAAGAGAAUUCGCCGUGUCUGGGGGUGACCGAUACGAAGACGAAAAUGUGGGGUGUGCAGCGACGCGUGGCGCUCGACCUGGCCAUGAUGGGGUGGGGGCUGGGCACGUGGCUCGGCGUUAACGGUCUGUACGUGCAGCUGCCGCUGCUGGUGGAGCGGCUGCCCGAGGGCUGGGCGCUGCCCGCCAGCAUGACGCUCGCCGUCCAGCUCGCCAACUCCGGCCCGCUGCUGUACGCCGCGCUCCGCCGGUUCGUGGCCCGCCUCUCCGACACAUUCUACAUCUACGUCCUGCUCGUCAUCGGCGCGCUCGCGCUCCUCCUCAACGCGUUUCUACACCCGAUGACCGUGUUCCUGGGCGACACCGAGCGGUCGGUCCCCUUCCUCGCGCUGACCUUCUUCGCGGGUCUCGUCGGUUGCACCAGUUCGGUGUUGUUCUACCCGUACCUGAGGUACUACCGGGAGGUGUAUCUUGCGACGUAUCUGGUCGGCGAGGGCCUCAGCGGCUUGAUCCCGAGCAUCCUCGCGCUCGUGCAGGGCAUCGGCGGCGAGCCGGAGUGCGUGCCGGCCGAGGACGGGGCGUCCCUGGUGCCGGUGUACCCGCCGGCCCUGUUCGACUCGACCGUGUUCAUAGUGGUCCUGAGCUGCCUCGCGGCGCUGAGCUUGGCCUGCUUCACCGCCGUGGACCGGUGCGAGGCGUUCCGCUCCGAGCGCGUGACGCCCGCGGUCGUGGACAAGACCGAGGAGCCCGAGCCUCCGCGGGAGUCGCUGCUGCAGCCGCGGUGGGUGGCGCUGCUCGUGCUGAUGGUGUUCCUGAACGCGCUGAUGAACGGCGUGAUGCCGUCGCUGCAGUCGUACUCGUGCAUGCCGUACGGCACGCGCGUGUACCACCUGGCGGUGACGCUGGCCACGAUCGCCAACCCGCUGGCGUGCCUGGCGGGCGUGUGGCUGCGGCCGGUACCGGUGCGGGCGCUGGCGGCGCUGCUGGCGGCGACGCUGCUGCCGCUCGGGUACAUCGUGGCCACCGCGCUGCUCAGUCCCGCGCCGCCGCUGGUCGGCACCGUCGGAGGAGAAUUUUUGGUGGUGACGGCGUGGGUGGCGGCGACGGGCGCGCUGUCGUACGCGCGCAUGUGGGGGUACGCGCGGGCGCGGGGGGGCGGGGCGCGCGGCAUGCGGGCCGCGGGCGGCGCCACGCAGGCGGGCUCGGCGCUGGGCUCGCUGGCGCUGUUCCUGCUCGUGAACUACAGCGCGCUGUUCGCGCAGCCCGACGUGUGCCCGCAGCCCUCCUUGCACUGAGCUCCCGCCCGGCCCCGCGACCGCAGUUAUCUAAAGGUGCAUUUAAACCAGACGAACGAACGUUAUAAACGUUUACACCAAAAGA